UCCAUUCCAAAUGGCGCUCUUGCCAAAUCCCAGCAAGCUCUGCCGAUCGCCGGAAGAAAUCGACGACUCCUCCGUCGAUCCCUACAUCCAGGUGGAACGAUUCAUCUCCCUGCUCCAGGAAUGCGGCGCCGCGCGAUCGCUCGCUCGCGGCAAGGCAAUCCACGCUCGCAUCCAAGAAUCCGGCUAUGGCGACGAUCGACUGCUUGGAAAUCUCGUCAUCCAGAUGUAUGGCCGGUGUGGAUCUCUCGCCGACGCGCGCGGCGUAUUCGAUUCCAUCCGCGACCGCAACGUCUACUCGUGGACGAUCAUGAUCAAGGCCAGCGCCGAGAAUGGGCAGCCGCGCGAGGCUCUCCAGUUCUUCCGGCGGAUGCUCCUGGAUGGAAUCCACCCCAACAACGUGACCUUCGUCAAUGUUCUUGGCGCCUGCGAGAGCCUGGAUCAAGCGCGAUCCAUCCACGCGAUGAUCGUUGCUAGCGGCCACGACCGCGAGGACGUCUGCGUGCCAAACUCGCUGAUCUAUGCCUACGGCCGCCUCCAAAGCGUGAUCGUCGCGAGGGGAGUCUUCGAUCGAUGCGAAAAUCUCCGCGACCUCGUCUCCUGGAACGCGAUGAUCUCGGUGUACGCCCAGAACGCGAUGCCGAUCGAGGCGCUGGCGAUCCACCGCGCCAUGGACGUGGAGGGCGACGAGAUCACUGUCGUGAGCGCGCUGGACGCCUGCUCCACGCUGGGCGAUCUAGCGCGAGGCAAAGAGAUCCACGCCAAGGCGAGCCAGGCCGGAUUGGAAUCGCUGGUCGCGGUGGGCAACGCGGUGAUCAAUCUCUACGGCAAAUCCGGCAGCGUGGGCGAUGCCUGGGCGAUGUUCUCGCGGAUGAUCCGUCGAAAUGUGAUCUCCUGGACCGCCAUGAUCACCGCCUAUGCCCAGAACGGGUAUGGCCGCGAGGCGCUGGAGCUCUUCAAGCGGAUGAUCGACGCCGGGGAGCCGCCCAACGACGUCACCUUCGUGACGAUCCUGGAUGCCUGCUUUGGCUCCGCGACGUUGGCCGAGGGACGCUGGAUCCACUCGCUGUUGAUCGAGUCGGGGCUGCUGCUCGAUCGAUCAAACUCCACCACCGCCACCACCUUGCUCGAUCGAUCAAACACCACCACCACCGCCACCACCUUGAUGAACGCCGUGGUAAACAUGUAUACCAAGUGUGGUAGCAUCGAUGACGCCAUAGCUGCCUUCCAGUCGAUGCCGAGCAAGAACGUCGUGACUUGGUCGUCCAUGAUCGCGGCGUAUGCCCGGUUUGGGCAUAUCACGCUCGCCUUUGAGAGCUUCCGCGAGUUCGUCCUCCAAGGUGGCCUCGCCGACGAUGUUACUUUCAUCAAUCUCGUCUCCGCCUGUAGCCACGCCGGGAAGCUCCGAGAGGCCUGGGACUACUUCAUGCUGAUGCGGGGCGAGUUUGCGAUCGAUCCGGUCCGGCAGCACUACGUUUGCAUUGUCGAUCUCUUGAGCCGGUCCGGGAGGCUGGUCGAGGCGGCCGAGUUGCUCAAGAGCAUGCCGUUUGUGCCGGAUGUUAUAGCCUGGACGAACUUCUUGAGUGCCUGUGGAGCGUACUCCAAUCUGGAGCUGGCGUCGGAAGCGUUGUAUCAGGUGUCGGAGCUUGAGGAGGAGUGCUCCGCGGCAUACAUUCUGCUAGCGAAUAUCUUUGCGUCGGCUGGUCGAUUGGACGAUGCUGAGCGAGUGCGGAAGGAGAUGGCGGACAAAGGACUCAAGGCCGUCACGGAGUCGAGCUUCAUCUGGUUAAGAAAGCAAGAACAAACUGAGAGGCUUACGUGAUGCGCUCUCGCAGAGUUUCUAGUCUGGA